CAUUAUGCUGCCUCACCCCGGCGGCCGGGGCAGGAGGCGGAGCCGGCGCCGGAUUCCUCCGCCCGGCCCCUCGCCGCCGCCUCUUCCUCCCGGCUCUCUGCCAGUCUCUGCCCGGCUCUUGCUCUCGACGCUCUUCGGCGGGAAACGCCGCUUGCUGAUCAGCCGGGGGAGCGGCCCUCGCCGCUGGGCCGAGUGUGUCCUGUUUGUCAGGAUGGCCGUGCCUUUUGUGGAAGACUGGGACUUAGUGCAGACCCUCGGGGAAGGCGCUUACGGAGAAGUUCAGUUGGCUGUGAACAGACGCACGGAAGAAGCAGUGGCGGUGAAGAUAGUUGAUAUGAAAUGCGCUAUAGAGUGCCCAGAUCAGAUUAAGAAGGAGAUAUGCAUCAACAAAAUGUUAAAUCACGAGAACAUUGUCAAGUUUUACGGACAUCGGCGAGAAGGCACUAUUCAGUAUCUGUUCCUAGAGUACUGCAGCGGGGGAGAACUCUUUGACCGAAUAGAGCCAGAUGUAGGAAUGCCUGAGGCAGAAGCACAGAAGUUUUUCCACCAGCUUAUAGCUGGAGUGGUCUACCUUCACAGUAUAGGAGUAACGCAUCGGGAUAUUAAGCCUGAGAAUCUGCUGCUAAAUGGAACGGAUAAUCUCAAAAUCUCUGACUUUGGACUAGCAACUGUGUUUAAGUACAAUGGCCGUGAGCGAUUGUUGAACAAGAUGUGUGGCACGCUCCCGUACAUCGCACCAGAAGUCCUUAAAAGAAAAGAAUUCCAUGCCGAGCCAGUUGAUGUUUGGUCAUGUGGAAUCGUACUCACUGCUAUGUUGGCCGGAGAAUUGCCAUGGGACCAGCCUGUUGACACAUGUCAAGAAUACUGUGAUUGGAAAGAAAAGAAAACAUAUUUUUCACCAUGGAAGAAGAUAGACUCGUUGCCGCUAGCUUUACUCCUCAAACUAUUAACCGAGGACCCCGCAUCAAGGCUUACUAUUGAAGACCUAAAAAAGGACAGGUGGUACACAAAAGCUUUAAAGAAAGGCAUAAAGCGGCCUCGAGUCUCCUCGGGGGGACUAUCUGAUUCCCCAGGAUGUUUUUCUAAGCACAUCCGAUCUGAUACGGACUUCUCUCCAGUGAAAAGUGCACGCAGUGAAGAGAAAAAGACCUGCUCCAAUUCUCAGCCGGAACCUGGCACUGGACUUUCUUUGUGGGAUAACGGUCCAGCUGGCAUCGAUAAGCUAGUGCAAGGCAUCAGCUUCUCCCAGCCAGCCUGCCCAGAACACAUGCUGCUCAACAGCCAACUGCUUGGCACUCCCAGUUCUUCCCAGAAUUCAUGGCAGCGCUUAGUGAAGAGAAUGACCCGCUUCUUUUUGAAGCUGGAUGCUGACCAGUCUUACCACGUAUUGAAGGAGGUUUGCGAAAAAAUGGGCUACGUCUGGAAGAAGGGCUGCACAAACCAGGUUACCAUAUCAACCACAGAUAGAAGAAACAACAAACUGAUUUUCAAGGCAAACCUCUUGGAAAUGGAUGACAAAAUACUCGUUGACUUCCGCCUGUCUAAGGGUGACGGCUUGGAGUUCAAGAGGCAUUUCCUGAAGAUCAAAGGGAAGCUGAGUGAUGUUGUCAGCACACAGAAACUCUGGCUUCCCGUCACAUGAUCGACAUUGUGGUUGAGAGCGGCUCUGUUUUGAUUCAGCGGCUUCUGCUAAGGGACAGUCACGCCUGCCAUACCCCGAACUCCAGUCAUUCCAUGGAAAUCUUUUGUUUUGUUUAGGUUUUAUGGGGAUAGGCAUUCAAGCUGUCCACAUAUGGUAACAGGCGAUAACUGUUGCGAAGGUGCACAUUUGCAGUGGCUGGCUGGGGUAUCUCACCCUUGAUUAUGAUCAUGAAAGUCACGAGGGGCUUAGCUUAGUUCA